AGAGUCCUUCGUUGUUGACACAAUGUUGGGCCGUGGGAAGCCAGCAGCUUCCAUGCAGAAGACCUAUGACGAUUGUUAUUUGACAUGCUCGACUGCUGUGUAUUUCGAGGGGGAAGUGAAUCAGAACAACGAGGCCGAAGCUCUCCGAUCAUGGCGCAACGCACUGGAUCAAAUAUACUACCACAACGCCUAUCGCAUGCCUACCGGAUGGAGACCACGUUCCGAAACCGAGAAAGCCCUGCAGGAGUCAUUGCGACAGAUGGAGUUGCAAUGCAAAGAGCGUGUAGACCUACUUGAGGCACUUCGGCAGAGUCGGGAGGAAGCUGCGGAGGGAGAAACACAAGCAAAAGCAACAGCGUCUAGCACAAGCAUCCCACUCCAGGAAGGUGCAGACCAGAACAACAGUGGUGGUCUGGGUGGAGGAAGCAUCCCUCCAGUCGGCUACUCUGAUAUUUCGCGUCCUACGCCUCCCGCUCUUCCAACACGUAACAAGCGACCAUCUUAUACUUCGAAAUAUAGUUCUGGAACCGAUGUUCCAACCGUGCGCAGGUCGCCCUUACAAGCCGGCUCUGCCUUUACUCCAUCGUCAUCCAUGCUGGCUCCUCAAUCGUCGACUGGCCAGCGAAAAGGCUCGCGUACCCCUAGUCCGGAGAAGAGAGGAGGCAUGUUGAGGACUUUGCGCGCUGGCGGAAAGGAGAGAACGACUUCAUCCGGCAAACUAUCCAACGCUACCUUCAGAAAGCCUGCUGCUGCUUCGAAGGCCGCAACUCAAGCAUGGAGCAUUACUCAACGAAAUGCCAGCGUCGGCAGUCUAGAGCAAGCGAACGGACAUCUGGACGGCCCCUCUAGUUCUGCCACCGUUUGGGACCCCUACACGAGAACACUUGUGGAUCCUUCCAACUCUUCUCGACCUACUGCGCCUACACACACUGCUUCUGCUCCUCCAGCUGCCCUCCAUCCGACCAAUUCUCGCUCCUCUCAAGAACAGCAAAGACCUCCUCAAAAGCACAUACGACCACCCAGUCCAUCAGAUUACUUCGUCCAGCCAUCCGCUGCAAAUGGAUCCCACACUGAAUCGCAACGUCCGCCAUAUCCUGGUCAUUCUUUGUUGAACCCUGUACAACCAUCCCAAGCAUACGCCAGCAGCUCCGAACACCUGGGUCCACCCUCACCAAUAACUUCUCCGCGUCAACGACCCAAUGCCACCUUUACCGCUAACACUACCAAGGCGCGAAAGCAAUCACCUGUCCGAAGGAUUGAACCUGUCAGCUUACCGUCCUAUCGCAACGAGUAUCUCCCUGUGCAACCGAGCAAAUACAAGAAUCCUCCAAAUGCUAGGCCGCCCAAGACUUUGAAGGAUCUAGAGAAUCAGGUUUCGUCUUCGAUGCCGGCUGCAACAAAUCAAACGAAGCCAAAAGUAGCACCGCCGAUUCCUAGAAAAGCAGUCGGUGUAGUCAAUGCUGCAAAGGCGCGACAGCAAUUCGACGACAGAAACGUCUCAUCGGGGUAUAGUGCGGAUGAGCAUAGUAGUGGAAGAGAAAAUUCGACAAGAGUACGACGAAAGAAAACUGCUACUGUGGAAGAGGAAGCCCCUGCGCCCAUUGUCGAAUCCGUUACCGAACAUCCUGAAGCAUCCACGGAGCCGCAGAAUGAGUUGUCUGAGUGGGACGAACGCGUCAAGAAUCUCCUCAACAACUUACCUCGCGGAGUAGAUGAGGCAGCCGCGAAACAGAUCUUCAACGAGAUCGUGAUCCAGGGUGAUGAGGUACAUUGGGACGAUGUUGCAGGUUUGGAGAUCGCGAAGAGUGCACUGAAAGAGACAGUUGUCUAUCCUUUCUUGCGGCCAGACCUUUUCAUGGGACUUCGUGAGCCAGCACGUGGUAUGUUACUUUUCGGGCCACCAGGAACAGGAAAAACCAUGUUGGCCAGAGCGGUAGCUACGGAGAGCAAAAGUACCUUCUUCGCCAUUUCCGCUAGCAGUUUGACGAGCAAGUACCUCGGCGAGAGCGAGAAGCUCGUACGCGCGCUGUUCUCUGUUGCAAAGGCACUGGCACCAUCAAUCAUCUUCGUCGACGAAAUUGACUCACUGCUCUCAGCGCGUGGUGGGUCGAGCGAGCAUGAAGCUACUCGUCGGAUCAAGACCGAGUUUUUAAUUCAAUGGAGCGACCUGGCAAAAGCAGCUGCGGGCAAGGAAACAAGCGAGAAAGACAAGGAGCGAGGUGAUGCCAGCAGAGUGUUAGUACUGGCAGCUACAAACUUGCCCUGGGCGAUCGAUGAAGCAGCGAGAAGACGAUUUGUCAGAAGACAAUACAUUCCACUGCCCGAGGACUGGGUGCGCAAGCUGCAGCUCACGACAUUGAUGGCGGCACAGAAACAUAACAUCAGCGACGAAGAUCUGAACGAGCUGGUUUAUUUGACUGAAGGUUUCUCUGGUAGUGAUAUCACAGCUCUAGCCAAAGAUGCAGCCAUGGGACCUCUGCGUUCUCUGGGAGAGAAACUGCUACACAUGUCUCCAGACGAUAUUAGGCCGAUCGACGUCACAGAUUUCAAAGCGAGUCUGAUCAACAUCCGACCCAGUGUCUCGGCCUCUGGUUUGAAAGAGUUUGAAGACUGGGCUAAGGAGUUUGGUGAGCGUGGUGGU